AUGGAUCAAGGUCUCCAACAAAACCCGUUCAUCUCCGUCAAGGACUCCGGUUCUGCCAAAAACUCGGGCCCGUCGCUGCUUGCCUGUCUGCUGUGCCGACACAAGCACCUGAAAUGUGAUGGAAAGACUCCUGUUUGCGGUCGCUGUUCCGCCACAGGCUCUGAAUGUCAAUACACCCCGUCGCGUCGCGGGUACAAGGGCCCCUCGAAGAAGCGUCGAGCCAAUCCAUCCUCCCCCGACCAACUCCCCGCCGACAUGUCGACCUCCUUCGAGCCCCAAUACUUCAACGUGCCGUCCGACUGGACUCUGUCGAGUAACAUGCCCAUGUCGUAUGCGGUGGCAGCCGCCACCACCACCCCCGUGCCGACUUCCCUGCCCUCCUCUUCCUUACCCUCCGGCAGUCCCGCUCUGACAGAUAACUCUGGCUCCUCGCACUCGCAGACGGUCGGCGUCACCAAUAGCCCCAUGACUCCAGACUCGAUCUCUACCAUUGCAGGCGAUGGCUAUCUUAUCGACAUCUUCUACACCUAUUUCCAUCCUUCCCACCCGGUCUUGCCGCCCCAUCGUGUCCUUUACCGCAACCACGUGCCUGCGUUCCUGGAGCAUGUCAUCAAGUUCAUUGGGACCCACUUCACUCCGGCCGCCAACAGUGAGAACUACCGGCCGACGGUCAUGUCGUCCGUGAUGGACCAGGAAGGGUCCAUUGAAAAGUUGCAGGCCCUGGUGCUCCUCGCCAUUGUCUUGCAUUCCCGCAAUGAGCGGCAGAAGGCGGGCGAGUGCGUGACGACGGCUGUCAAUCUGGCCUUCGAGUUGGGAUUGAACAAAAGAGACGCUGCGCCGCAGCUCAGCUAUGGCGACCCGGUGCGGGAAGAGAGCUUGAGGCGCACCUGGUGGGAGCUCUUCAUCAUUGAAGGCAUGCUCACUGCACUGGGUGUUCAGCCAGCUUUCCGGUGCAAUUCUGGGCCGCUCGAGGUACCAUUGCCCUGCGAAGAGCGGAUCUACCAAGAUGCCCUCCCACCUCCGCCUGCACCCACGAUUGCGCAAUUCGACGAGCGUGUCUUUGCAGAUGAGGAGCGAGACUUCUCUUCCUUCACUUACCGAAUCGAGGCCGUUCGCAUCCUGGGACGCGUAGUGGCCAUCCAAGACAUGAUUGAGGGCCAGCAGGACCAUGUCGAGGCCAUUGACGCACGGAUUACCAGUUUCUUCCACCACCUGCCCGAGAACAAGGCCGAACUGCUGCGCUCGGACGGGUCCGUCGAUGAGAUGAUGUUCCAAGCGACAAUGAUCGUCAACGGCUCUGCAAUAUACCUCCAUUUCCCGCGAUCUGAUCUGCUGUCGUCCCCCGCGGUGGCAGCGGAGGUUAUUUGCGGCCAUCACGGGCCGCUGAGCAUCCCCGCCUUCUCGCAUCAUGCGCAUGCCAUGAAGGCGGUCAAGGCAGCCAGCGAAAUCUCCUCGCUGGCGUCUAUUCGCAUGCCAGUUGUGAAGCACACGCCCUUCUUCAUCUGCGCGCUGGUCCUCAGCUCCAUGGUGCAGUUGGCUGCGUGCUCUGUCAAGGCCGGGCAGAUGCCCGACCCCAGCCGUGAUCGGCUGACGCUUACCAUUGGCGUUUUCAAGACCCUGGGACGGACCUGGGCGAUUUCGCAAACGAUUAUGCAUCAGAUCAAGGCGGUCGCUCGUGAUGUGAUGGACCUUGGUCUUCGGCCUACCAUGCCUGAAAUUGACCUGACCACGGUCCUCGACAACAGUCGGUUUUGGAUACCCGACCUCCUUCCAAUGGCCAGGUAA